AUGGUCGUAUGUGAACAUGUUAACAUGGUAGCAGAACCAAAACCUCAUCAAACUGGCAGAAAGAGACAAAAUAUGUCAAAGACAGGAAAUGAUUGGGACUACUACUAUGACAGUUACUGUGCAUCAAUGGCUUUUCCGCCGCGUUUGGCACCACCCCUGAAAAGACCACGACUCAUGCAACAAUCAGUUCGAUCUCAACAGCAGCAGCAGCAACAGCAACAGCAACAACAACAGCAACAGCAGCAGCAGCAACAACAACAGCAGCAGCAACAGCAGCAGCAGACGAAACAAGCCAAAGUGACGAAUAUCGCUGUGCAGGAUCUCGGCCAAUUAAAAGUUUAUAGCAAUCCGGACAUACUAAUUUGCGGCAACUGCCGAGAAUUGUUCACGGAUCUCGGAGAGCUGCUCGAGCACAAGCGGGAUUACUGCAAGCUGCGGUUCACCUGCAAAUGCCACACGUUCAACGGUGCCACUCCUAAGAGCUCGGCGGCAUCGCUGUUGUGUGCCCUCUGCAAGGACUCCUUUCCGUCGGCUUGGGAACUGAUGGUGCAUGCCCAAGCGGCACACAUGAUCAACAUUUAUGAUCUUGGAACAAAGCCAGAAAUUCAUCAUUCAGUAAAUCAGAAUCAAAAUAGCAAAGAAAUAUCCUCGCAUUCGCCAACUCUCAGGGAAAAUAAGCUGUCGGACGAGGUCGAGGAAGAGGACGAAUUGAACGGCCAUCAUGAGUUACUACCGUCGCCUGACAGCGGCAAGUCGACCGACAACGAGAACGCAUUGUCGCCCAUUAAAAUCAGAUCGGAGACGAACGGCGGAUCGGAUCACGAGGAUUGCGACGUGCUCAUGCUCGUCGAGAAUAGAAAUUCCACGAGCGAGUCGUGCUUUUCCCGCCGUCCCAUUGCCAUUGAAUCAACAGUAGAGCUAAAUGCGAGCCCGACUACUGUGCUAAGCAACUCCGAAGCCGUGCGCACGGCACUGACCAAUGGAGCGAUCGCAACCAAGGACUAGAUUCUCAAAUCACAACAUCCAAUUAUUUAAACUUGAAACAUAUCAAUUAACAUGUACGAGGAGUAUAAGUAAACUCGAAAAUAAAUCUGUAAAUAGCUUCGAUGAUCAUGAAAAAGGAAUUAAAUGAUAAAUUGAACAAAAAAGGAAGAUUUGAAUUAACGGUAAUGAGAGCGCUUCACAAUUUCCAGUUUUUUUUAACUUAGAGAACUGGCCUUUCCUUAGUGAUAAAUAAUUUGUUUGUUAUUUUUUCAAGUGGUUAGCGUUAUGUUGAAAAAAUAAAAAAUUCCAUAUAUUGUUAUUAAAAUUGUUGUUAAAUAUGUGCGUUAGAUUUAAACGAUUCGAUUAAUUGUCACGUUUACAUCCACUAUGUUUGUACGAAUAUGUUUCAUAUAAUUUUAAGUUAAUAAAAGUAAAAUCCACGUUACGACUGCAAAUUAAUAUUAAAAAUAAUUAUAUUUUAAGUUCGAUUCGCCUUACUUAUCAUGUUUGUAGAUUAUACUGAUACUAUUUAUUCGUAUCAACUCUGUAUUAAAGUAGUACUUGUAUUUGUUACAAGAUAACCCUCUCUAUAAAUCUUUAAUUAUUAUCUAAUAAUCCAUCUACUUCGAUAUUAAAUCAGAUUCAUAAUUUAUUUAUCUAAUAUGUAUAUAUUACAUAUGGAUAUUAUUGUAUAGCUUUCACACUAUUUUAAAUAUUAAUUCACAAACAGGCCAAUCAAAAUAGAGUUAUAGAAUUCGAGGAAAAAAUAUGAUCAUAAUUUUGUCGCAGAGAUCGCCAUUUUCGUAGUAAAGAUUUUUUCAUCAAUUGGUUCGUCUAUAUGCGUGUUUGUAAAUAUGAAUCAAGUCAAACGUAAUACUUGAUCACAUAAUAGUAUAUUUAAUCUUUUACGAUUAAAAAUUAUGUAGAUCAUCGAAAAUAAAUAUAUUAUGAAACAUCAUGGAUAGGUUUAUUCUUGAAUGAACAAAAAACUGGUGCAAUCUCUGAAAGGAAUUUAAUAUAAAGAUACAUUUCAACUAAUUGUGUAUUAUAAUGAUCUAAAAAAAAUCUGGUCUCACGUAAAACAUAAAUAUAAUUAAAUGAAAACGUUAAAAACAAUCUAUACAAAACAGCUUUUAUAUAUCAUACAGCUGAAACAUGUAUAUAUGCACUAAAACUCGAAAAAUAAAAAUUUGUGUAUUUUAAAAAUUAUUGUCGACGAUUCUUCGUUGUGGAAACUUAUGUAACCAGAUAAAAUUUCUGCUGGAUUGAAAAACCACGUAUAGAACUGUAUUCCAAUAGCACACUAAAUAUUUUUAAAAUUGUAAUGGCAAAAAUUAUUUCAAAUUUCAAGUUUGAUUAUUCUUUCAUCAAAGUUUGUUGAAGAAAUAAACGUUCUGAGCUACACAACAUAACGAAGUAAGAAAGAUGUAAAAUUAAUAUUAUUUUAGUUUAAAUGGUUUUGUGAAUGAUACUCAUUAUUAUACUGAAGAAAAUAUAAUUAUAAACAUUCAAAUUUCAAAAUGAUACAUAAAUUGUUGCAUAAU